AUGAAAGCCUCCCCGGAGGCCCGGACGACGUCGUCUUCAUCAUCAUUGCCGUCCCGCUCAAUCGUUACAGCGGAGAUGGCUUUCUUGUUCAUCUCCAAAGGAUGGAGGGAGGUCCGCUACUCCGCAAGUGCUGACCUCCAAAUGAUUAAGAACCGGGCGAACAGGGGAAUAGGGAAGGGGGUGGCGGAGCAGAGGGAGUGGCGUGCAGAGGGGAGGGGGAAGGGGCAGAGGAGGUGGCGCGGCAGCUGGGGCAGAGGGGAUGGCGUGCAGAGGGGAGGGGGAAGAGGCAGAGGAGGUGGCGCUGCAGCUGGGGCAGAGGGGAGAGGGAAGGGGCAGGGCAGAGGGGCUAGCGGGGCAACGGGGGAAGGGCUGGUGGGGGAAUGGGGUGGCGGGGCAGAGGGGGUGGCGUGCAGAGGGGAGGGGCAGAGGGGUGGCGCAGCAGCUGGGAUAGAGGGGGUGGCGUGCAGAGGGUGA